UCCGGGACCUGCCCAGCCCUGCAGGCUCGGCCUGUGGCCGCUGGCGGGCCCUGGGCUCCCGGCGCUGCAAGGCGGAGAGGCCCGGGUCUGGCGCCGUCCGCGCAGCCCUGUCGCGGCGGCGGGCGCUGCAGCGCGACAGGGGGCGGGGCCGGCUGCAGGGGAGGCCAGGGUGGCUGGGGAGCCUCCCGGCUGGGCCGAGUGACACAGGCUGGGGCUCCGGCAACGGCGACAGGGGCCGGGCCGCCGCGUGACCGGCUGCAGUCACGCUGUGCUUAAUCACAAUUAGCUUUUGCUCCUGGCUGGCCGUGCUCACCAUUCUCCCAGCCGGUGACCCCGGGGAUUUCUUUUAUGGUGGCUUUCUCUGAAAUGCCAAAGCCACCCGAUUAUUCAGAGCUGAGUGACUCUUUAACGCUUGCCGUGGGAACAGGAAGAUUUUCGGGACCACUGCACAGAGCAUGGAGAAUGAUGAACUUCCGUCAGCGUAUGGGAUGGAUUGGAGUGGGAUUGUAUCUGUUAGCAAGUGCAGCAGCAUUUUACUAUGUUUUUGAAAUCAACGAGACUUACAAUAGGCUGGCCUUGGAACACAUUCAACAGCACCCAGAGGAGCCCCUUGAAGGAACCACAUGGACACACUCCUUGAAAGCUCGGUUACUCUCCCUGCCUUUUUGGUUUUGGACAGUUAUUUUUCUGAUACCUUACUUGCAGAUGUUUUUGUUCCUUUAUUCUUGUACGAGAGCUGACCCCAAAACGGUGGGCUACUGUAUUAUUCCCAUAUGCUUGGCAGUUAUAUGCAAUCGCCACCAGGCAUUUGUCAAGGCUUCUAAUCAGAUCAGCAGACUACAACUGAUUGACACAUAAAAUCAGUCACCAUUUUUUCCUUACAAGUACAAAACUGCCAGUACCGUAUGAAGCCUGAUCACAAGACUGCAGUUUCUUCACAGAUCUCAGGAAGCUGUGGUGGGGCAGAGGCUUUUUAAAGAAUGGGACUAGGGGACUAUCUUUAUCUGAAUAUUGAAUUUUUAGGUAAAGCCUGUGAUACAGUACUACAAAAUCAUGUUGAUGACUUCAGAUUUUGGAAGUAAAAUUUUAUCUGUUAUUUGCA